AUGGUUAGGAGAAGAGUCAUCAAGGACCAGGAUGAUACUGUUGAUUCUGACAGUAAUUUUGCUGAUUAUGUCCCAUCUUCAUCUAUGAGUUUGAUACUCAAUUCUUCAUGUGCAGUUUCUAAUCCAGAGAUAAAAUCUAUGGAAGGGAAGGAGAACUUGUAUGAUGAGAAUAGGAUACUUUUGAGAAAUACUGAUGCUAGAUCAACUGUUACGAACAAUGGAUUAUUUGGAUGCAAACGAAGAGGAAGAGCUAUUGCUUUACAAGAGAUGACUAAUAUGGCUUCUAACCUUGAAUUCAGCUUUCAAGAGUUAUCUAAAUCUGGUGAUAUACAAUCGAACGGCACAAGUGGUAAGAAGGCUCGGAAGAGGUUAUCAUGUGUCAAGAAUGAUAAGUUCCCAAGUCAGUUAACAAUGUCUGAUUGUGACAGCACAAUGCUUUGUACAAAUAGUCAGCCUCAAACAUUAACACCUUCCUGUUCAGCUACAUUAAAUCUGGGGAGCUCUGUUCCAGGACCAAUAGAUUUGCGGUACAAUGAUGUACAUUUUGCAUAUAAUGGGAACCAUAGCAUUGAUAGUGAAAGUGAUGGUAAUUUGUCAGAUCAGUCUGAAGUUGAUGAAUCAGGUGGUAUGCAUUUCAUAUCUAACAUGGUGCAUAUUUCUAGUGAGGAUAAUUCUUCCAACCCCCAUUCAUUAGUCGAUUACAUAGAUGAGGGUGAUCCAACUUAUAGAUGUCAAUCAUGUGGUGCUAUGAUGUGGUUCAAUGAGAAAGUUGGGAAUUGCAAAUCAAUAAUGACUCCUAGAUUUUCAAUGUGUUGUUUGAAUGGAAAAGUUCAGCUUCCAUUGAUGACUCCACCUCUUGAAUUGUUCAUCAAGUUAUUCUUUGACAAAACAUCAGCUGAAUCAAAGAAUUUCCAUUUGAAUGUGAGGUCUUACAAUAACAUGUUUUCUUUUACUUCAAUGGGAGGCAAGAUUGAUCAUUCAAUGAAUCGUGGAGGCAGUCCAUACACCUUUGUUCUUUCUGGUUUGAACUAUCAUAAGAUUGGCAGUUUGUUACCUCCAGAAGGUGCAAAGCCUGUGUAUUCUCAGCUAUAUAUAUAUGAUACUGAGAAUGAAGUUUCAAAUAGAAUAUCUGCCGUCAGCAAGCAUAUAAAGGAGAGCACUAUUGAUCCUCACAUUGUUGACAAAAUAAAAGAUGUUCUUGAUGAGGUUAAUCCACUUGUCAAACAAUAUCGGUUGGCGUCUUCAAUGAUAAAUGUGCCACAACAUUCUGAGUUGAAGUUAUGCUUAAUCAGUACCAGAAAUCAAGAUGGGCGUAAUUAUAACUUGCCAUCUGCAUCUAAGGUUGUAGCUUUAAUAGUUGGUGACAUUGAUAGGAAUUUUAGUAGAAGAGAUGUAAUUGUUCAUGAAUUGUCAGGUUCACCUCAACGUAUAGAUGAGCUGCAUCCAUCAUAUCUCCCGCUUCAAUAUCCGAUUUUGUUUCCAAGAGGUGAGGAUGGUUAUAGAGAUGAUGUUGAACAUCAUGCAGAGACUCUUAGUAGAACCAAAAAGAAGAAAAUGCUUAGCAUGAGGGAGUAUUUUGCAUAUAGACUGAUGUCAAGGGAAAAUGAAAUCUCAAUAUUGCUACAUGCAGGAAAACUAUUCCAACAAUUUAUUGUUGAUGGAUACACAAUGAUUGAAUCGCAACGAUUAUUAUGGGUGAGGACACACCAGAAGGAACUAAGGGCUGAUUUAUAUCAAGGGUUAACAGAUGCGUUAUUAAGUGGGGAAAGGAAUGCUUCAUCAGUUGGGAAACGUGUCAUAGUGCCUUCAUCAUUUACUGGGGGCGCACGAUAUAUGCUUGGAAAUUAUAAAGAUGCCAUGGCUCUUUGUAGAUAUUUUGGAUACCCAAGCAUUUUCAUUACAUUUACAUGUAAUCCAGCAUGGCCUGAAAUAACAAGAUAUUGUGAGGGUAAUUCUUUAUUAUCAUCUAAUAGGCCAGAUAUUUUGUCACGAGUAUUUCAUAUGAAGUUGAAAGCCUUGAUGUCAACAAUUAAGAAGAAGAAGAUAUUUGGCAGAGUUUGUGCAGAGAUACCGGAUGAGGAACAAGAUCCUGUUUUGUUUGAACUAGUGGAAAAGUUUAUGCUUAUCAACGUUGAGAAGUGUAAUCAAUCUUCUGCUAUUAAGUACUUAUUUAAGUACAUUAGCAAGGGUAAUGAUCGUGUGGUGGCCUCUAUUUAUGAUACUUCACAACAUCACAAUGGUGAACGAUCCUUUGAUGAGAUUCAACAAUAUUACAACUUCCGAUAUAUUUCUGCAUGUGAAGCUGCUUGGAGGAUUUUUGCCUUUGAAAUUCAUCAUAGGUAUCCCGCUGUUGAAAGGUUGAGUUUCCACUUGCCUAAUCAACAAUAUGUUAUAUAUUCUACUGGUGAUGAUGUAUCUGAACUUGUAGAUAAACCAAGGGUGUGUGAAUCAAUGUUCCUUGCAUGGAUGGAAAUAAAUGUACAUGAUGUGUUUGCUAAAACAUUGACUUACUCUGAAUUUCCUCAUCAUUAUGUGUAUAUUAGAACUAAACGAGCUUGGAAGCGAAGGGAAAAGGGGUUUGCAAUUGGAAGGAUUACUCAUACUCCACCUUUUUCUGGAGAACUCUACUACCUUCGUAUUCUAAUUACUAAGGUUAGAGGUCCAACUUCAUAUGAGGAUAUUAGAACUGUGAAUGGUGUUCUUUAUCCCAAUUUCCAAGCUGCAUGUUAUGCCCUUGGAUUGCUAGAUGAUGAUAAUGAAUACAUAAAUGGCAUCAAGGAGGCAUCAUUAUGGGCUUCAGGUAUAUCUAUUUCAGAUACCAUGAAAGAACAAGAAGCGCUGAAAGAGAUUGAAUUAUUGUUUCAACAGAAUGGCAAAAGUCUUAUUGACUUCCUAUCACUUCCUUGUCCUCCGAAAUGCGUAAACCUGGAUGUAAGAAAUCAUUUGAUCUUACAAGAAUUGAAUUAUGAUCGUGAUGUGUUAUUAGAUGAGUCAAGCAGGCUUAUGAAUCUGUUGAAUAUGGAGCAAAGAAAUGUUUUUGAAGUAGUGAUGUCUUCAAUUAAUUCUAAAACUGGAGCAUUUUUCUUUGUAUAUGGGUAUGGAGGGACAGGAAAGACAUUUCUAUGGAAUGCAUUAACAUCAACAAUUCGUGCUAGAGGUGAUAUUGUCUUAACAGUUGCAUCUAGUGGCAUAGCUGCUACUCUAUUACCAUCCGGAAGAACAGCUCACUCAAGGUUUGCAAUCCCUAUACAAGUCAAUGAAGAUUCUGUUUGUAAUAUCAAACAGAAUUCACCUUUGGCUAAUCUUAUUAUAGCUACAAAGUUGAUUAUAUGGGAUGAAGCUCCGAUGGUUCAGCGUUUUUGUAUUGAAGCUUUUGAUCGAACAUUAAAGGAUAUUAUGCAUUCAAAUCAUCCUUUUGGUGGAAAAUGUGUAUUAAUGGGUGGUGACUUCCGUCAAAUUCUCCCUGUUAUUCCACGAGGUACAAGAGCUGAUAUUGUUAAUGCAUGUAUUAACUCUUCAUAUUUGUGGGAGUAUUGCACAAUUUUCCAUUUGACAAAGAAUAUGCAUGAAGAUGGUGUUGAAGAUCUGUAUACUCCUGAUUUUUUGAACACUAUAAAUUGUUCUGGAUUACCAAUGCAUAAACUAACUUUGAAGGUCGGAAUGCCAGUCAUGCUAUUAAGGAAUAUUGAUCAAGCAUCUGGGUUAUGUAAUGGGACUAGGCUACGCAUUACUCAUCUUGGUAAAUCUGUUGUUGAGGCAGUGACAUUGAAUGGAUCUAGGCCAAAUGAGAAGGUUUUAAUACAUCGAAUGGAUAUGAAUCCUUCUGAUAGUUGUUUGCCAUUUAUCAUGAAACGAAGACAAUUUCCCAUUGCUGUUUCAUUUGCCAUGACAAUUAAUAAAAGUCAAGGUCAGUCACUUCAUUUUGUUGGCUUGUAUUUGCCUAGACCAGUGUUUACACAUGGGCAACUGUAUGUGGCUCUUUCUAGAGUGAAAUCAAUUGAAGGAUUGAAGAUUCUAUUGCACGAUGGUGAAAGGGGAAGGAGUAGGACUACGUCCAAUGUUGUUUACAGAGAAGUGUUUCAAAAUCUUGUGGACUAUAGUGAUGGAGUUAUAUUGUAAUCUUUCCUCUCUUAAUCUCAGCAAGUGCAAUGCAAGUGUGAUUGUGAAAGUAGACCAGAAGAAUAUCAGGAAGAAGGUGUGGUAUACUUUGGAAAAUUGUCGUCCUGUUUUUGAAGUGGAAUCUGUGGACAUAUUCUUUUUUGAUGCUCAGUCGUGUAAUCAUGCAGUUAAUGACCAAUGAUCACAUUGAUCGAUUUGCAUUGAAGUUCGUUGAAGGUGGUGUGCACCAAAUUUCUGGGAGGAAUUGGAGAUCGUAAGACAUGAGAUGGUCACGUUAGAAGGAUGUCAGCCGAAGGAGUUGACUAUUAAGCUUCAUGAUGAGUGUGCUGCGAUUACUCUUGCCAAGAUAGAAGCCAGGGGGUGAAAGCUGAAGAUUUUCUGAUUAUAUAAUAUGCUAUUGGCAUGCUUCAUAAGAACGAUGGUGGACCCGUGCUUAGCUCAUUUUCAGGUG